UCUUACACCACACUCGGACACGAUACUGCUCCUUCAGCAUCGAAGCCCUUGGCGGCCUCCAAGAAAUGUUGCGGGCGAUCCUCAGAGCAGCCACUGCUGCCUCAAGAACAGCACCGGAUCGUUCAAUCCCUGCGGUUUUCGCUUCUUCGAAGCUUUCUUCUUCAAACUACUCUUCCAAGAACACCAAAUCCUCUCUCGUCAAGGCCAAAAAGACAAAAUCCAAGCCCGACGCCAAAUCCGAGGAAGCCUCCGCCGCUGCCGCCGACGAUGGCCUCUCCGACCUCCUCGACGAAGAGGCUCGAGAUCGCCGUCUCGCUGAGGAUGACAAAGAUCCCUCCCUCGAUGUCGGUCCCAACGGCCGUGCCCUAUUCACCUCCGCCACUACCAUUUCUCAACUCUCCAGAAAGGACACCUGCACUUACAUGAAGUUCAGUACUGAGGGUUUGAAUGCUGUGUUGCCGGAGGGAUUGACGGCGGGGAUGGUGAAGGAGUUUGAAGAGUCGAGGCGAAGUGCGUUGUUGGUUCGUCGGAGUUUUUUGGAUCUUCGUGAUAAUUUCAGGCGCAUUGUUGAUCCACCAUUGCGGUCUUCUGAUGGCAAAGGUCCAAAAGUUCUAAAGCAGAUAAUUUUGGAUGGUCCUGUUAGUAGUGGGAAGAGUAUUGCUCUUGCGAUGCUUGUUCACUGGGCUCGUGAUGAAGGUUGGCUUGUUUUUUAUGUUCCCAGAGGUCGAGAUUGGACCCAUGGGGGAUUUUUUUAUAAGAACCCACAGACAGGAUUUUGGGAUACUCCUGUUCAAGCUGCUAAUAUUCUCCAGGAUUUUCUGAAACGGAAUGAAUCCCACUUAAAACAAUUAACAUGCCAAAUAUCUGAUCCUAUUCCAUUGGGUGAGGGUGCUGGUGUUGGAUGGAUGAAAGGGGUUGAUUCAAUGGCAAUGCCGGAAGGUUCAACACUAUAUGACUUGGUUCAGACAGGAAUGAGUCACACACAUGCUGCUGUUGGAGUAGUUGUUCGUUUGAGAAAAGAGUUAUCACUUGUAAAAGAUAUCCCAGUGCUUAUUGCAGUUGAUCAAUAUAAUAGCUGGUUUACAUUUACUGAGUAUGAAGAGGCAGUAACUGUUCGUUCUUGCCGACCAAUACAUGCUAAAGAACUUGCAACGGUGAAUGCAUUCAGGUCUAUGAUGCACAAUGACAUGAUGGUGGGUGCAUUUUCUCAUUCAACAGCAGUAGGGAAACUACGCCAGGAGUUGCCAGAUGUUCCCAAAUAUGCUCGUAUUGAUUUUCCUCGCUACAGUUUGGAGGAAGCUGCAACUGUUAGCCAUUAUUACCUUCGGCAAAGACUAGUACGCCGUGAAAUAUUCUCAGAUGAGAAUUGGAAGAAGCUAUACUACCUAUCCAAUGGAAAUGGAGCAGAGAUGAGAUGGUUAGCUCCUCUGAUGCGGUGACCCACACAAGUUAAUGUUCUUUGACGUAUCUUACAAUGAUUAAGCCACAAGCAGGGUUGAUUUUUUUUUUUAUUAUUAUUUUUUUUUUGGGGACUCGUGGCUUCUGAUUUUGAUAAUCAUAAAUCAAAAUCAAUGUGGUUUAAAAGCAAUAAUAUAUCCUAACUUAAUUUUGCUUUCCCAAGGAUAGAAACAAAUGUGGUGAAGCUUCUAUUGAUCGAGUACUUGAUGAUCAGGUCAUUGACGUUAGCACCCAGAUUUCAUUUAUUCUCUUACUCAGUUCCAGUUGUGGAGCAUCUUUCCUUCUCCUUGGAAGUAUUGUUCUGAGAUGGUGUACCAUAUGUAGGUCAAUUUUCAUAUUCAAUGUGAAAUACAGGAAAUUUUGAACCUUAUUUUUUUCGGUUCAAACUUAUAAAAUCAGGUUGGUUUAUAUUCUGA